AUAUCCGCAAAACUUGACGUAACGGGCGCAGUGAGAGGAAGACGCGGCUCCGUUUGUUGGGAAUCUCACCGCGCGACAGGGCACGGCACGGCAGGCUUUGGGGAAGUCGGUGUCCCGCUGAAUCCGCGCUUCCCACCUGGGUAUAACCGGACGCACGCGUGGCGGAGAAGCGGAAAAUUAUGGCGACGUUGGGACCGGAGUCGGCUCGCCCUCCCCUCGCCCAGCUCGGAUCUCCCCAGUCUAACCAGCCUCACGUCGGCUGCGCGAACCUGCCUCCCAACCGGGGCUUGGAGCGCGCGCUGGAGGAGGCGGCGGCCAGCGGUGUGCUGAACCUCAGCUGCCGCAAGCUGAAGGAGUUUCCCCGGACCGCCGCCAACCACGACCUGAGCGAUACGGUGGAGGCAGACCUCUCAAAGAACCGGCUGAACGACGUCCCCUCAGAGGUCUGCCACCUGGUCGCCUUGGAGACACUAAACUUGUAUCACAACUGCAUCAGGACCAUCCCAGACAGCAUCAUCACCCUUCAGUCGCUCACAUCAUUGAACCUCAGUCGGAACCAGCUGGGCUCUCUGCCGUCGUGCCUCUGCGGUCUACCUCUGAGGGUCCUCAACGCCAGCAACAACAAACUGGUGAGCCUGCCGGAGGCCAUCGGGCAGCUGCACAGCCUCAUGGAGCUGGACAUCAGCUGUAACGAGAUCACGGCCCUCCCCCAGCACAUCGGCAGACUCAAAGCGCUCCGGGAACUUAACGUGCGGCGAAAUCUCCUCUGCGUCCUGCCGGAAGACCUGGCCGACCUCCCGCUGGUGAAGUUCGACUUCUCGUGUAACAAGGUGUCCACCAUCCCGGUGUGCUACAGGAAGAUGAGGCAGCUGCAGUCGCUGCAGUUAGAGAACAACCCACUACAGAGUCCACCUGCACAGAUCUGCAUCAAGGGUAAAGUUCACAUAUUCAAGUAUCUGAGCAUCGAGGCGUGUCGCAGCGAGAAGAUGCCCGACUCGCUGUACCUCCCCGUCAUGGAGCGACUCAGUUUCACUCGUCCCUCCGCUGGCAGUGUGGAGGACAUGGAGCAACAGAAGAAGCAGGACAGCGACUCAGGAGUAGGCAGCGACAACGGAGACAAGAGGCUGUCUGCCACCGAGCCUUCAGACGAAGACAGUCUGAGUCUCAACGUGCCGAUGAGCAACAUUACAGAAGAAGAAGGAAUCAGCAAAGACGACUCCAGCGAACACAUCAGCUCCCUGACAGCCGACCCGAACUCCGACUCGGUGCGCCUGAUAGAAGAGAGUCCUACGGAAGCCCUGAAUGACCCGCUGAGCUACAGAGACUCGUCUCUCAGCAGUCGCUUCAUCAGCUACAUCAAGGGCCGAACGGCAGCGGACUUCGAAGAGCCCCUCAGGAUAGAGGAAGACUCACACUGGCAGACAGAGCAGACGUCAAAGGUCUCGGGGGGCACAGAGCUCCAUAUUGACAUGAUUAACCAGCUACAGGAAGCGGUGGAGCUGCUGCAGAACCCCAGCAGAGUGAGCGCGGAGCAGGACGAUCUGUCUGAAGUCCAGCUGUACCCGGUGGAGAUGGUCACCGUGGAGGAGUCCUUCAAUGGACAAGACAGCGAUGAGGGAAGCACAACACCAAAGCAAGAACACCGAUCUCCAAUCAUGGGACCUCCAUCUCUCUCCAGUCCGCCGUUUGGGCUGAAACCUCGCUCAGCCCCGCCCUCACUGCCGUGCUCACCCCCUCCUUCCUGUCUAGACCCCUCCCUCCUCUCACAGGCCUCACCCCUACAUCGUAGACAUGGCGACGGAGGCAUGCUCAGCCCGGUGUUCCUGCGGAGCCACAAGAGCAUGGAGUCCGUGGACCCCCAGUUCACCAUGAGGAGGAAGAUGGAGCAGCUGAGGGAGGAGCUGGAGCUGAUGGAGCAGCUGAGAGACAUCAUCGAGAGCCGACUGAAGGUGGUCCUCCCUGAAGACCUGGGCUCGUCUCUGAUGGACGGCGUCGUCCUCUGCCAUCUGGCCAAUCACAUUCGCCCGCGCUCCGUCGCCAGCAUCCACGUCCCCUCGCCCGCCGUGCCCAAGCUCAGCAUGGCGAAGUGCCGGCGGAACGUGGAGAACUUCCUGGACGCCUGCAGGAAAAUAGGCGUGCCGCAGGACAAGCUGUGUCUGCCUCACCACAUCCUGGAGGAGAAAGGCCUGGUGAAGGUGUGCGUCACGGUGCAGGCCCUGGUGGACGAGGCCUCCUCCAAACCCCCCGUGUUGGUGUGAGCAGCGGAGCAACGGGACCGACGCCACCGGUCCACGUGACGUGACGUGACGUGACAUGACGUGACGUGACGUCGCGGUUCACCUCCGCAUCGGUCGCAGUAUCGCAGCACUUUGAAUUCCCGCUCGUCAGCGUGCAGAAAGGGAACCAAUUCGGUCUGGAGUGGGUUUAUUUACCAACUCAGAAAGAGGAACAUUGAAUCGAGCGUCUUGGCUCGCUGCAGGUGUUUGUUUUUUGUUUCUUUUAAAAACCCUAAAAAUCAGGAGUUUGGGAUCCUUUUUUUCUUCUUUACAGUGAUCAGCUAAAAGGGCGGACGUUAGAGCCCCACAUUUUUUAUGUUUUAAACCAAAUCAAGAAAAUCUUCACACCGGCUGGUCCCCAUUACUUUUGUAAAAGUAUUGUGACGGUUAUGAAAAGGAGAAAAGAAUUUCACAAAAAAACAAACAGAAAUCGAGAGGAUACAGUGGAGCCACGCAGCGUUUGUGGAUUUUUCUGUGGAACGUAAAUUCAAAGUUAUUUGUGGAAAAUUUGCCUCGUAGCGUUUUUUUUUUUUUUGUUUUUUUUGCAGAACAUAUGUAAAAUAUUAGAUAUUAUCAAAUAUUGGAAAGAAAAUGCAGCUUGAGAAGCUGAAAUGUCUUAGUGCAAUGCUACUUGACACGAUAUUGGCUGGUGUUUGCACAGCAGUGUUUUUAUCAGAGCACAAAUUUUAAACCCAUUUUUACACCCAAAUUUGCAAAACUAUCCCUUCCCGUUUUUCUGUCCCAUAACAUGCAAGAAAAGACAUUUUUCCAAGGCUAUGUUUUAUACUUCAGCAUAGAGAUGUUUAUUAGCCAGAAGGAUGUCGGCCAGUAGCCAAUCCAGGACAACGUAAUAAUUGUGAGUCACAUUUACAGAAUAUUUGUUUGGACCCUCCCAAAAUCAAUAACUAAAUAUUACUUCCCCCAAUGCUGUUUCUGUUGACCCUUUGCAAGUACGUCACCUAAUCAUGUAAAGCCGCCAUGACGGACGUCAGAAGGGAGGAAUGGGAGUGUCAAAAAGCGACUGGGAUUGUUUCCCAGGUUUUAUUUUUUCUAUAUUUCUAUGGCUUCCACUGGUUCCACAGAGAUAAUUUAUCUGUGGACGUACACUUGGGGCUCAUAGGCAGCAGGAUUUACAGAAGUUGGAAAUGAAGCUAGCUUAGAAACCAACACUUACCUUUACCUUUCUGAUGUAUUCGUUGAUUUGAUCAAAUCACAGACUUUGCUUGAAUUCACAUACGACUUUAUAAACAAUGGUUUGUCUAACACCAUAGAACACCUAAAAGUGUACAAAAGUCUAAAUCCUUUAGACUAAAGUCCUAGACUCCAGCAUGUAUCUUUUUCCAUAUCUUUUUUUGUAUAUGGUAGGCUAUAUGAUGCUCCAUGGUUGUUAUGGUUAGCCAAGUACCUUCUCCAUAAUAGAGUAUUAGCUGCAUUUCCAUUACAAAUUUGUGCAAAACGUUUAUAAAACGUUUAUAAUGAGAACUUUUAGCACAAGUGGAAAGUGAGACUGGGGGAGGCGGAGUCUUGCUGGUACACCGUCACAAAUCAGACAUGAUAAAAAGACGGCAUAAGCCUAUGCACCCCUAUGGUUAAUGUAUCAAUACUCACAGAUGAAAAAAACGAUACUUUCCGAGGGGGAAAUAAAUUUGAUAAAUAUUGUAGAAUCGAUUUUAUUAUACAGCUCUACUUGCCAGUGCAAAAAAGCUUUGCAGGAGCUAACGUGCACAUAUGUUUAUUUUAUUUAUUUUUUCCCCCACCAGGGGGUCUUUUUGUGGGCUCUAGUGUCCCUUAUACAACAGUGGGUUGACAGGAAAGGGGGGAAGACAUGCGGCAAAUGUCGUCGGGUCCGGGAAUCGAACCUGCGACGUGGACUGAAGGCCUCCAAACGCUGCCCUCUACGCCACCGGAGCACGCUCCGUGUUUAUUUGACUUCCGUCAUGGCGGAGUGAAUAGCAUGACGUCACGUGCAAAGGGCCAAUUGCUUCGUGAAAGAAUCCAUUCCACUUGAUAAACAAGAAAAAUUAUCAUACCUCUAAAACUCCACUCCGGGUUUUCCUAGUUACCUACGACAAUUCACCUCCACAUGCUUCUAGCAUAAACAAAAAAGUGAAGGCUGGAUUUUAGCUUCUGCGGUAAAGCUAAUAGAGUUUUCACUCUUUGUGUUAGAUGAAGGUAUAUUGGAUAUUUGAACUAUUAAAACAUCCAGUCUUAAUAGUUUUUGUAAAUUGUUCACGUAUUUCAACUAUUCGUGGAUAGCUGUGGUCUCUAACCCCCAUGAAUACCAGGGUCCACUGUACUGUUAUCAACUAUGCUAUUUUAUGAGAAAAGCCAUAAAAAAAUGCCAAAAAUGUGGGUUUUUUUAAAUUAUUAUUUUUGAUGAUAAAUCCAGAAAUUGGUAUUGUUUUUAUUGAGAUAUUUUUUUUUUGCCAAAUGCUUUUGGUUGAAAUUGCAAAUUUAUUUAUUUAUUUUUUUUCUUUCUUUUCCCUUGAGAAAUCAAUGUAUUUAAAAUUUCGCAACACUUUUUUCUCCCUCCUCCAGUUAUUUUUUUAAUCCUUUCUUUUGGCUUCAAACAUACGGUAAGUUGCUUUAGAAGCUCUAAAUUUUGUGAAGCGUUUUUGGACACAUUUAGACUUUUUUGUCAUUCCAGUCUGAAUAUUUUAGUCGCCUCAGCGAUCCGGCUGUCUAUGCACACAUCAUUUAAAACGUUUUUGGGUUUUUUUGGAGACUGUGUACAGAUAUAUUUGGUUGUUUUUCUACUGAGCUUGUAGCUGAAAUGUUUUUGCUCUCACUUCUCUGAAGAGAAUCAAACCAAAAUACUAAAGUCUUAUGACGGAGGGAGAAGGCUUUUUAUCUACUUCUAUUUAAAUCUGAAGAUAUUUAUAAUAUAAAGAGGAGCUGAAAAAAACAGAGGCUUGAGUUUUUGUAUAGAGUCAGACAGAAAUAGGCCAAAGCUAUUUUUCUCUAAUAUAUUUUGGGUAUAAGUGUGUAUAUCAUCUAAAGUUUACCCGUCUCUGGUGUGUGUGUAUAUCUGUCACUGUCUCUCUGGACGACACUAAUCUGACUUUCUCUGCGUCGUUUUCUCGUGCGCCGCUAACCGAUUUGUCCAGUGGAAAUGGAAUAGAUGGACUCGUUGAUGCGUUUCCUUCAGAUGCAGUUUGUUUAAUGUGCCAAAACACACACGCUGUUAAUAAAAAAAAAAAAAAAAAAACAGACAAAAAGUGUAACAAGACAAAACGUGGAAAAGUUCCAGCGCUGUACAUUUCUGUGUCUGCCCCCCGUCAUUGAUUUCUUAAAACUCGGUGACUGGUGGAUAUCUGACGUUGGCACGCAGGUCGAGGAGUGAGCCGAUCAUCGUGCCUCUCGUUCAGACCUGGACUGCUGGAGUGUUUUCAGACAUUUUGAAAUAAUUAUAAUUUUGAGUUUUAAAACGUCUCAGAACAAAAAGUCAGAUUCUCACAGCUCUGGAGAGAAAAUUUCAAGUUAAUGUAGCAAAACAUUCCUUUGGCCUGCUGACUGCGCUGAAGAGGCUUUUUCUGUGUGUGUGUGUGUGUGUGUGUGUGUGUGUGUGUGUGUGUGUGUGUGUGUGUGUUUCAGGCUGGAGUUGUUGCUGUGUGAGAUUACAGACUGUGUGACUCAGGGUGGGCUUGGUUUACUGCACUGUUGAUGCCUCAUUACCCAGCGUGCUUCGUCAACAGUAUUUUAUAGUGUGUGUGUGUGUGUGUGUGUGUAAGUGUGUGUGUGGCCUUUGGCAUCAUGUUGCUCUGCAGACCUGGCGAAAAUGGAUGCGUUAAAGGGGCAGAAAAAAAAUCUGUUGCCCUCAUUGAACUCUGUAGUAAGAGAACAAAAUGUUUUACCUCCUGAACUUUGAACCACAUCGUUUUGAAGGACGGAGACGAAACGCCGCUCGUAACUAAAACAUGAACGCAGAACCUCUCAACGUUCAGCAUCAUUCUUCUUGCAUACAACACACGUAAUGCAGGUUUCAUUUUAUUUCUUGAGCUUUGUUUUUUUUAUUCGCUCAGCGCAGGCAUCAUUUUAGGACAGUUUUGUGCCGGACCGAAGACGUACUUGUAACUAUCUCACCGCAGAUGAAAAUAUGCGGACCUGUCUGCAAAAAACAGACAGGUCCGUUUAAGUUAGUUUCAAGUACAAAUAUCUUAGUUCACUUACAAUAACUUACCUUUCAGCAAGAUAUGAGUCAAUUUCUUAAUAUUAAAAGAUUAAAAUUCUCUGGCAGAUUACUUCAUUUAUAGCACUGGGAAAAUGUCUUAUUAUAAGUGAAAAUGUCCUCCAGUGGAACCAGUUAUUAUGAAUAUUAAAUAAUUCUUCAGUUAAAACAAGCCCCUAUAUCUGGCUGAAAAGUUAAUUGUAUGUUUCUUAUUUCAAGUGUAACUGAAAUAAGUUGAAAUCUAUUGAUUUAUUUUUUUAUUUCCAUUAAAAACUAGACCAAAAAUACUUGGUAAGAUUUCGUGUUUACAUUCCUUCACUUCCAGAAGCAGCCAUCUUCUGCUUCCUGCUCAGCUGUAAUAUUUUUAUCUUAUUCACUUAUUUAAAAAUGUUCUUUUGAGAUCCGACUCUUAUCAAUAGAAAGGAACGGAAACGAACAGUUUCAAAGUUUUGCAAAACUUUCACUUGCACCAAUAACACCCAGCACUGGUUAUUGGAUAGAGUUGUAAUAUAAAAAAAUAAAAAAAGGCCCAGAAAAUAUCAUUUCCAGUCUCCAUGCCAUUUUCAUUUUAAACGGGCUUUCACAUCUUAUAUUAUCGAUUAGCUUGGUUAGCAUUUCUGAAUCACUAGCCUAGCAAAGCGGCUUUGCUGUAACAUGUUCAGCGUUCAUGUAAUCUGCCUCCACAGGCAGGCAGCCGGUACUACAGUGGCACUAAAAUGAUUAAAUUAGUAGAAACCUAACAUCAGUUAAAAACUAGAGCUGCCCCUUUACAGCAUCCGCUAAAACAUGCUCUGCUUUUUGUUUCCAGCUUGUCUGGAGAGCCAGAAAGAAACUUUAACAUUCUUGAACUGCAGUGUUGUUGUUGUUUUUUUCCAUCUUGGUUUCCAAAGCUUUCGCCACUUCCAGAUUCAGCAGUAAAAUAAGGAAUUUUAAUUUAGAAACUAGAGACACACACAAAAAAGACUUCCACUGGAUGGAUUUAAUAGUUGCCAAAAGAAAUAUCCUCUGUCAUGUUAAAUGUUUUUUUAUUAUUAUUAUUAUUGUAGAAUAACCUGUACAUAUUAUUUAUCACGAUGUGCAGAGUUUAGACUUUACAUACUGUAUGUUCCACCUGAGAAAGGCUGGGGGUUUUUGUUGUAUGAAAAUGAUCUCUUUUUUGCGUAUUUCAACACUACGGGCAGCUCGGCUGAACACAAAUCAGUAUAAUCCCAUAAAUCUGAGAGCUACCAAUCGUGUUUCAAACUUCUGAUAUUUAACAUUCCUGUCGAAAACGAUUGACUUUGCCCAAACGGAUCACGGCGAUGUUGUGGCACCGCUGCGGGAGACAGGAGCAGGAAGUCCAGGGUGAUAAUAAGGGAUCUGAUCGUUAAAAGUCUUCGUUUUGGGUCUUCCACGGUUCGGUUCGGUUCGGUUCGGUGCACAUCGAGUCUCAGCGGUUCAGGGGGCAGGAAGGGGGGGAAAAAAAGCAAUAAGACCAAACCGACUGCUUCCCCCGAGAGUUUCUGCACUUUAAAGUUUUGUGUUUAUACGUCUUCGUUUUUGGCCACUGAGAAAAAUCUGGGCUGAGUUUAGGUUAGAAUAGUGAUGCCAGUGAACACAAUGUGUGUGUGCCUGCUGAACGUUGGAGCAGUUUGUCUGUUUUGUUUUUCUUAAAACGUCUCUUCUUUUUGUAUUAAUGCUCACAGUUUUUUUGUACUUUUCUGACAGGGAGCAAAUGUAUUAUUUUUUUGUGACUUCUCUUCAGGUUUGCUGAACUGUCGAUGUAAACGUGCCCUCUUGUAACAGUUUGAACUUUUGUCAAAUGUACAGAGUGCAUGAAAUGACCCUGUAACGUCGCCUUAACUGCUGUGAAUACUGUAUAUACUGUACUGUAUUUCUCAUCACUUUAUCAGUAAAGACCUCACAUGUCGAAACAAAACA